CCUGGAGAAUAAAACACGAGGAACCAGAACUCGAGGAACAAGGAGGCCUGAUGAAAGUGAAAGAGGAAAGACAAGAUCUGAAUGAAGUGGAGGAGAAGCAUCAGGAUCAGAAAGAUCAUGAUCUCAACACUGGAGAAAAAUCAGUGAGUUUCUCUAAAACUGAAAACAGCAACAUUCAAAUACCAGAAGUCAAAAAGCCUUUCAGCUGCUCUCAGUGUGGAAACACUUUCAAACAGAAAAGAAGCCUUAUGUACCACAUGCUAGUUCAUGCUGGAAUAAAGCCUUUCAGCUGCUCUCAGUGUGGAAAGAGUUUUACACAGAAAAAACAACUCAAUGAGCAUGUGCGUAUUCACUCUUCAGAAAAGCCUUUUACCUGCUCUCAGUGCGGAAGGAGUUUUACACAGAAAAAACAACUCAAUGAGCAUGUACGCAUUCACUCUUCUGUAAAGCCUUUCAGCUGCUCUCAGUGUGGAAACACUUUCACGCGUAAAGCAAGCCUUAAAAACCACAUGAUAAUUCAUACUGGGAAAAUGCCUUUCAGCUGCUCUCAAUGUGGAAACACUUUCAAACAGAAAAGAAGCCUUAUGUACCACAUGUUAGUUCAUGCUGGAAUAAAGCCUUUCAGCUGCUCUCAGUGUGGAAGGAGUUUUACACACAAAAAACAACUUAGUGAUCAUGUGCAUAUUCACUCUUCAGAAAAGCCUUUCAGCUGCUCUCAGUGUGGAAACACUUUCACACGUAAAGCAAGCCUUAACAAUCACAUUAUAAUUCAUAGUGGGAAAAAGCCUUUCAGCUGCUCUCAGUGUGGAAACACUUUCACACGUAAAGGAAGCCUGAAGAAUCACAUGUUGAUUCACAAUGGAAUAAAGCCUUUCGUCUGCUCUCAGUGUGGAAAGAGUUUUAUUCAGAAAGGACACCUUAAGGUUCAUUUGAUAACUCACUCUUCGGAAAAGCCUUUCACCUGCUCUCAGUGUGGAAUCUGUUUCGCCUAUAAACAAGGAUUUAAUAUUCACAUGAGAAUUCACACUGGAGCGAAGUCAUCUGUGUGAGAAGAGUUGGAAAGCUGGUCUCAGAGCUCAUGUUCAUCGCUUUCACUGUGCCGUGAGGAAAUUGAACUGAUCUGGAAGGAGAUUUCUAAGGGUUGACUCUAGUGCUGGGUGGUAUACCGGUUCAUACCGAAUACCGGUGUUUAUUUUUCUUAUGAUAUGAAUUUCUAAAAUACCGCAAUACCGGUGUAUGUCGUUUAAACAACGUUCAGAAUGCGACUGUUUGAGAGCGUUCUCUUUUCACUGUUGCACUGUGGUGAGGGAAGAGCUGUAUGUGUUACUAAGCGUGAAAGUUCUGAAACUGAAGCUGUAACUAGCAGAACUUGAGCUCAGCCACAAAUAUUCACCGCCCGCUGCCAUCAGCUCCUGCGUCUCACACACACAAGCGUGACUUUAGCACUAUAUUUAGCAACUUUCAGACCCUUUUAGCGGCUUUUUUCCAUAGAAUAUACUGACAAACCUAGCGAUUUUUUGGAUAAACCUUAGCCAUUGUUCAGUUGGAAGAUGUCACUUGUACUGCCCCGCAAGGUCUGACUCUCCCGGCGCAGUAUCGCCUCUCUCAGCGUCUGUUCUGUGCAGUGAGCGGCAGAGAAGUAGAGCAUUCAGUUGCCUGUAACGCAGCAGAAUCGUCAGUAAAUGAGUUCAAAACAGCGUUUCCAAGCACCUGUCCACUGACACUGACUGUUUGGAAUUAUAAAUCUGAGCAUAGUUCUCAUAUUAUGCACUUUUAUUU